AUGUCAUCAAGUCCUGAAGAAGGAGAACUGGGGGUCAGGCAGCUGGCCAGCAGCUCCUUCCAGUCCUACCUCAGCCAGAUAUGGGAGGUGUCAAGGGACACCAGGGCUCUGAAGAAAGCCUUUGAGGAUGGGGACCUGCCUGCAGUGGCCGCCAAGUUGCAGGCCACACUCCAUUCACUGGAGAAUGUCAGGCUGGACAUUGGCAUUACUGGGGGGACAGGCUCAGGCAAGUCAACCUUUGUCAAUGCCAUCCGGGGGCUGGGAGACGAAGACCCUAGAUCGGCCUGCACAGGUGUGGUGGAAAUGACUAUGAACCCCACGCCGUACCCACAUCCCAACUACCCCAACGUCAUCAUCUGGGACCUGCCGGGCCUGGGCACAGCCACCUUCCAGGUUGACAGAUUCCUCCAGCGGGUGCUGCUGGGCCGCUACGACAUCAUCAUCUUCAUCACGUCAGAGCGCUUCACCGCCAAACAUGCUCAGCUGGCCCUUGGCAUCCUGCAGCAUGGCCAGCGUGUCUACUUCAUCCGCUCCAAGGUGGACGUGGACAUCGCUGCUUCACGCAGACGCCGCCCCAGAACCUUCUGUGAGAAGAGGGUGCUCAGCCAGAUCCGCGAAGACUGCAGGCAGCGGCUACAGGUGGAGGGCCUGAAGGACCCCACGGUCUUCUUGAUCUCUAUGUUUGAGUUGGACAAGUAUGAUUUCCACCAGCUACAGGAGAGCAUGGUGAAGGAACUAGACAGCCACAAGCGGCAUGUGCUCCUGAUGGCCCUGCCCAACAUCUCCGAGGCCAUUCUAGAGAAGAAGGCGGCGUCCCUGAGACAGCACAUCUGGCUGGUGGCCAUGGUGGCCUGUGGCAUCAACCCGAGUCCCGUGCCAGGUAUACAAGAUGUGGCUUGCAACCUGUCCAUGCUCACCCGCUCCUUGCAAGGCUAUCGCUGCAGCUUUGGCCUGGACAAGGACUCCCUCAUCAAGCUGGCUGAACAGACAAGCCAGCCCCUGUGCAAUAUCUUAGGGGAGAUACAGGGCCCCAAGACCCAGGUCACAGAGGCACUGGUGCUCGAACUGCUGGGCCAGGCCUCAAAGAAUGCAUCUGCGUUUACCCAGGAGCUCCUCCAGGUGCCCAUCCUGGACUCCCUUGCCACCUGCGGUAUCUCCUUUGCCACCAUCUACCAGAUGCUCCGUGGGGCCCUGGAUGUGGCAGUUAGGGAUGCCCAGAGCGUGCUCCAUCAGGCCUUUCUCCACACUUCUGACCAAAAGCUCCCAGUCAAUUCCAGUCAAUAA